CAGGCCUGGAGGAGAAAUGACAUCUCAGCCUUCUCCGCCACACCGGACCACCAACAGUUGUGAUUCAGUGGGCACGAAUUGCUGUAUGAUGCUGGGGAGGUGUUUGUGAUUCUUGACAAAGUCAUUUGAAUCUAUCGCUUCAAGAGAGUGAAAGGAGCCCCGUCUGAUCUGUUGGUGUUGUAGGAAGAAACAUGAGUCAGCCAAACACCAGUGGUGACUGCCUGUUUGAUGGCGUCAAUGAGCUGAUGAAAAGCCUACAGUUUGCAGUCCACAUCCCCACCUUCGUCCUGGGCCUGAUCCUCAACCUGCUGGCCAUCCAUGGCUUCAGCACCUUCCUUAAGAACAGGUGGCCCGAUUAUGCUGCCACCUCCAUCUACAUGAUCAACCUGGCAGUCUUUGACCUGCUGCUGGUGCUCUCCCUCCCAUUCAAGAUGUCCCUGUCCCAGGUACAGUCCCCCUACCCGUUCCUGUGCACCCUGGUGGAGUGCCUUUACUUCGUCAGCAUGUACGGAAGCGUCUUCACCAUCUGCUUCAUCAGCAUGGACCGGUUCUUGGCCAUCCGGUACCCACUCCUGGUCAACCACCUCCGGUCCCCCAGGAAGAUCUUUGGGAUCUGCUGCACCAUUUGGGUCCUGGUGUGGACUGGGAGCAUCCCUAUCUAUAGUUUCCAUGGGAAAGUGGAAAAAUACAUGUGCUUCCACAACAUGUCUGACGAUACCUGGAGUGCCAAGGUCUUCUUCCCACUGGAGGUGUUUGGCUUCCUCCUUCCCAUGGGCAUCAUGGGCUUCUGCUCCUCCAGGAGCAUCCACAUCCUGCUGGGCCGCCGAGACCACACCCAGGACUGGGUGCAGCAGAGAGCCUGCAUCUACAGCAUCGCAGUCAGCCUGGCUGUCUUCGUGGUCUCCUUCCUCCCAGUCCACCUGGGGUUCUUCCUUCAGUUCCUGGUGAGAAAUGGCUUUAUCGUAGAGUGCAGAGCCAAGCAGAGCAUCAGCUUCUUCUUGCAAUUGUCCAUGUGUUUCUCCAACGUCAACUGCUGCCUGGAUGUUUUCUGCUACUACUUUGUCAUCAAAGAAUUCCGCAUGAACAUCAGGGCCCACCGGCCUUCCAGGGUCCAGCUGGUCCUGCAGGACACCACGAUCUCUCGGGGCUAACAGAAGGACAUCCUGUUCAGGGGAAGGAAGCCCUGGCCCUGAAUUCUAGUAACGGAUAUUGCGUUCCAGGGUUUUGAUGUGGAGGGAUGAUCCACGCCAUCUUUACUGAUGUGCUUCCCUUUGAUGCCCAUUGAGUGCUAGCUUUGCUCAUUGUACCCCAAAGACCUUUUUUCCAGUGCCCAGACAGCUCCACAUAUACCACCCAGUGUUCAGGGAUCUCUGAAGAACCCACAAACCAGGUCAAUUACUGAUUUCUAAGUCCGAAAACUAUACAGCAGAAGAAUUGAGAAAGAGAAUGAGACCAUGUGAACAAGGCUGUUUCCAACUCUCCCCAUUUUCCUGUUCGACUGGGAGGUUCUGGAAAGAAAGA